GCUCCCCUGGUCGCCAGGCUUUUUUUUUGUUCCACUCAUAAGGAUAACUUUUUUUACUGAGCAACAUGCGAAAUUGUAAAAAUCUUUUGGAUCUGCCGCUUGAAGUUCUGGACCAUAUAUUCAAGCAACUUUCCCCGUCGAAUAAACUAAAAUUCGCCGAUUCUCAUCCGAGGUUGGCGGAUGCAUUCGUCUACCACGUCCGCGAUCUUUACAAAACAGUGGAACUCGGAAAGGAGCCGCCGGAAGAUUGGUCGCUAAUUUUGCGUUUGUGCGGACCUGGUAUUCUGGGAAUUGAUACUUGGUGCUACCUCCAUAUCAGGAUUCAAACUUUCGAGUUGAUACAACGACAUUGCACCAACCUGGAAUUCCUGAAAGCCCGUGUUGAUCGAAAAAAUAUAUUUGCAAUUGCUUCGCUGAUGCGGAAAUCCGGCUGCCUGAAGUCCAUCCACUUAUCAUUUCAGGAUUACCACUUAAUUGAUUUACUUGAUAUUGAGUAUAUUAUCCGUGUUUUGAUUCAACUGCGACCUUUAAGAAAUUUAGCGAUGGAAGUAGUACCCGACUCAAAAAUUCACCUCAUUAAGCAUUUUGUCAACUUGGAAGAGUUGGAUCUUUCCGGGGGCAUUUACCGUCUAAAUGUUUUACAAGACUGUGCCCCUUUAAAAAAUCUUCGUUCCCUCCGAAUGUCCAGCUGCAAUGUGACUAGACUCUUUCCGAGUGAUACUUUGCAAUUUCAAGGGUUGGAAAAGCUGACAGUAUACAGAUGCAAUAUAUAUGACGAAUUUCCUUUCUUUCCAAUGCUAAAAAGUAUUACUAUAAAAAAAUGCGCCGAAUGGCAUUACCAGGAUCAUGAAGCUUGGUUAAGUAAACACGGAAACACAUUGCAAGAAGUGGUAUUGCAGGUUGAUUACUUUUCCGAACGCAAAAUGCUUUCAUUGCUCAGAAACUGCCGAAAGCUGAGAUACCUUUUUGUGCAACCUACAGUCUUUUACACUAUUUCAAAGAAAAGCAUGUCCUUGUUUGUUGACCUCUUAAAGGAGAAUGGCUUCACUCCGGACCGCCCGUUCGAACUGACAGUGGUAGGAAAUACACAUUAUUGGGACAAUGACCAAGCUUUACUUAAAGCGGCAAAAGUGUUCGAGGAAGAGCCAAACUCAGAUUUGUUGCGGUGUACGAGUUACAUAGCUCCUAGGCCAUUUCUAUUCUAACUAUUAGUCUGGAAUAAAUAAUUAAAACAGCUAGAAAACAA